GAGAGAGAGAGAGAGAAGCAGCGAGCGGAAGGAGAAAAUACGUUAACAAUUGAUGGCUUCUUCUUCCUUCUUCUACUCCUUCCUCGUGCUCUCGUGGUUGGGUUUGCUCCGCCGUCUCGGCGGCGGCGCUGCGUUCGACCCUCAUUGGCACCCUGCAACCGCGACUUGGUACGGCAGUCCGGACGGCGACGGUAGUGACGGCGGGGCGUGUGGGUACGGGACGCUGGUCGACGUGCGGCCGCUGCGAGCGCGGGUGGGAGCGGUGAGCCCGGUGCUUUUCAAGGGCGGCGAGGGGUGCGGCGCCUGUUACAAGGUACGCUGCCUCGACGCCGCCAUCUGCUCCCUCCGCCCCGUCACCGUCAUCGUCACUGACGAGUGUCCCGGCGGUUACUGCGCCUCCGGUCACAUCCACUUCGACCUCAGCGGCGCCGCCUUCGGCCGCAUGGCCGUCUCCGGCGAGGCCGCCCAGCUUCGCAACCGCGGCGAGAUCUCUGUCAUCUUCCGAAGGACCCCAUGCAAGUAUCCUGGGAAGAACAUUACCUUCCAUGUAAAUGAAGGUUCCACAAACUAUUGGCUAUCUCUUCUUGUGGAGUUUGAGGAUGCUGAUGGAGAUAUUGGAUCCAUGCAAAUCAAACAAGCAAAUUCUGUGGAGUGGCAAGAGAUGCAGCACGUGUGGGGAGCAACUUGGUGCAUCACUGGGGGGCCUCUGCAGGGCCCCUUCUCGGUAAAGCUCACCACACUGGCCUCUCAAAACACCCUCUUAGCAAGAGAUGUGAUCCCAAGGAACUGGUCUCCCAAGGCCACCUACACUUCUGGUCUCAACUUUUGAUGGAUGUUUCUUUACUGUAAUGAGUUGUUGGAGCAAGUUCUGAGCGUGUAAAUGUUGUAGCCCUCUCCAAAGGGAAGAGUGAGCGCCUUAUUUACCUUUGUGUGCACAUUAUAAUUGUAGGAUCCCAGCAUGAAGAAAUGGAUGGGGUCCAAGAAUGAAUGCUAAGUGUAAUAAAUUCUGGCAACAGUUAAACUGGUUGACUAUUUAGAUUGCA